CGCGGAAUAUUCUGCAUAUAUUACAGUAAAUCGUUGUGUCAGUGUCAGCUGAUCCUGCAAAGCACCUAGGGAGUGUCACCAACCACCUAAUCUAGUACUGUCAACGGCAUCACCCUACUGGUGGUGCGAAAGAGUUGGUGGCAUUGCUCGUGUCGCCUCCGCCUAGCUUCCUCUCCUGUCUAAAGUUGCACUCUUGCAGUAUAUUAUACGGACAGAGUGUUUUUUUUUUUUUAGUCUGGCAUUGAAGCUGACGGAAGAAUGGGUUUAGGCGCGGCGAUGGGGGAAGUGCCUAACAACAGCGACGGCGCGCCGAUGGACGUCGAGCAAGGCGUGCCGCUUAACGCGGAAGAUACUAUCGCCGUUCCGCCUGACGCCUCCGAGUCUAAGCGAACGCAAACAAUGUUCGAGGCGGCGGCCUCAGCGCCCGGAACCCGCUUCCACCCGGUGUCUUUGGCGUUCAAGGGCGUGACGUACACCGUGACGCUGGGGCGAGGGAAGGCGAAGACGCAGAAGCUUAUUCUCGACAACCUCACGGGCUACGUCAAGGCGGGCACGUUCCUUGCGAUCAUGGGCCCCUCAGGGUCGGGCAAAACGAGCCUGCUGAACGUGCUGGCAGGCCGGGUCAUGCGGACUGGCGCGCCCACCUCCCUGGGGGGGCAGGUGCUGGUGAACGGGCGGCCGCGGGACGAGAGCUUCCGGCGGAUCUCGGCGUACGUGAUGCAGGACGACCUCAUGUUCAGCACGCUCACCGUGUGGGAGACGCUGCAGACCGCCGCCAUGCUGCGCCUCCCCUCCUCCACGCCCAAGGCGCAGCGCCUGCAGCUCGCCGAGUCCAUCAUUGCGGAGCUGGGGUUGACCAAGGCGAGGAACACACCUAUUGGGAAUGAGAUGAUUCGGGGCGUGAGCGGGGGUGAACGCAAGAGGACCAACAUCGCGGUGGAGAUGCUGUCCAACCCCUCGCUUGUCUUUCUUGAUGAGCCCACGUCCGGGCUGGACAGCUUCCAGGCGCUCAACGUGAUGAGCGCCCUCUCGGACCUCUCCAAGAGCGGCCGCACCGUCGUCUCCACCAUCCACCAGCCGAGAUCCUCCAUCUUCGCCCUUUUCGAGAACCUGCUGCUGCUGAGUGAAGGGAGAAUGGUGUUUUUUGGCGCAGCAUCCGACUCCAUCGACUACUUCGCCCGCCGCGGCUUCACCUGCCCGGAGCACUUCAACCCAGCUGACUACUUCAUGGACAUAAUCUCUGUGGACCGGCGCGACGAGCAGAGAGAGACAGACAGCGUCGCCCGCAUCGAGACCCUGGCUGGAAGCUACGAGCCUUCGCGGGAGGUUCGGCCGGACCUGCACCAGAAGAGUAUGGACGAGCAGGCAGAGGCGGCGGAAGGGAUGAGAUACUCCAAGUAUGCGAGCACGUGGCUGACACAGCUUGCAGUGCUGGCGAGGCGGUCUAUGUGGCAGGUGACGCAGGACAGGCUGCCGAUCAUCAUCGCGUACGUACAGGCGCUGGUGAUGAUGGUGAUGAUCUCCAUCCUCUACUCCAACUCGGACGAGAGCCCACAGCAGAACAUGACAGGCUCGCUAUUCUUCAUCGCCCUCUUCUUGGCCUUCAAUGGGAUUUUCCAGAUGAUCACCACCUUCCCUCUCGAAAAGGGCGUGAUCAAUCGCGAGCGCUCCUCCAACAGUUACCGCGUGACCGCCUACUACCCCGCCAAGGUUCUCUCGGAGUGGCCCAUUCGCAUCGGCCCCGUGAUCGUGUUUGGGCUGAUCGCCUACUGGCCCAUCCAGUUCCAGCGGGUCGCCUCCAAGUUCUUCCUCUUCCUCGUCAUCUCCAUGCUCGAGUUCACCGCUAUGAAUGGACUCGGUAUUGUGAUCGGGUCGAUCGCGCCCACGCCGCAGAUCGCCCUGGCCAUGGGCCCGCUCUUCACGGUUGUGCUCAUGCUGUUUGGCGGCUUCUACGUGAAUCUCGACUCCAUUCCUGUGUGGAUUCGAUGGGUGCGCUACCUCUCGCCCAUCCAGUGGGGCUUCGUGGGGCUCGCAGUCAACCAGUUCUCAGGUCUGACCUUUAGCUGCUCUCCUGCCUGCCCGAGUGGGGACCAGAUUCUCCAGAACCUCUCUAUUGCUAACUACACCGUGGCCGAGGCUAUAGGGUACCAAUGCUGCCUUAUAGUGGGUAUGCACAUUCUCGCAUGCACUGCUCUCAUUUUCAACGGCCCAAAGAUGCAGCCCCUGGAUGCCCUGGGCUCUAAGGCUGUACCAGUCCUUUCUGCUACGGAGGAGGAGACUCCCGAGGCGCUUGCUGCUGUUGCUAGUGGUGGGGAGGGUGGUGAAAAUAGGGGACCCACGGAGGAGGAGAGGGCUUUGAAAGUAGAGUAAAUUGUGUGGUUUACCAUUGCCGUGUUUUUUAUAGCAAGUUUCUGGUACAAUCUAGCUUAAGAAGUCUCUUUUUAUUUGAAGUAUAUCCUUGUGGAAUGAAUAACAAUGUUCGUAUACA